UGUACGACAGUAAAUAUGAUUACUAUAAAAAUUAUUCUUUUACUUUAUCUGGCAGCAUACGUGGUGGCGUGUAGUGGCAGUGAUAAAUCAGCAAAAAAAGACGAUUCUACAGUAUUGUGUACGGAUGCUGAUGACAACGGGCUGGGUGAACCCAGUAAUCCACUAAACGAAGAUAAAUCAAUAAACGAAGAUAGCGAUGAUGAAGUUUACUACGAUACAGUUACGACUCUUAAUAACACUGGUUUUGAAGGUGUACAGGAUGAAAACACAGGCGGUGAGCAAAAUAUGCAAGUACAAGGUCUUGGUGGCAGUGGAUUGCCCUCAUCCAGGCCCAAAAAGAAAAACGUCCCAAAAUUAAAUAAACGUGGUACUGAUACAGGCGGUGUGCACAAUAGUAAUAAUACAGGUCUUGGUGGCAGUGGAUUGCCCUCGCCCAGUUCUAACGAGAACAACGUCCCAGGGUUAAAUAACCGUGGUGCUCCAGGAAGUAGCAUAGUUACUAUCAGUAGUUUUACUUUGUUCGGACAUUCAUAUCAUAAAAUAGGUGAUACAUCCCUUUUCCUUCAAGGUGGUAAACUCCGGAUCAACGGCAAAAUAGUCGAAGGACUUAACGCAAGGAAGAGGCCAAUAAGGCUAGAAUGGGGUGAUGGUGAACUCAAGGUCGACGGGGAAACCCAUGACGAAUUCAAAGGAAUAGAAGGAACAGGAAUAUGUAAUAUUAUAUGACGUUCGUGAAGCUAUAAAUCUAUAAUGAUAAAAAACUACUCAAUGUAUCUAAAUUCAAAAAUUAUUAACUGAUUAUAUAAAAAAAUUAUAAAAAUUUUAAUUAUGUUAAAAAAUAUGAAAAUAAAAGAAUGUA